AUUGUCUGCCCGCGGGACAUUGAAUCCGAUCAUUUGCUGCUGCAAUCCUCAAUUGAGCUGAUAGGGAACUAAUCCCUCGUGCGCUGCCACAGUCACUUCUCCAGCCCUCGUCACGACCAGGCCCCCGUUGGGCCAUCCCUUCCACCUUACGAUUCAAAAUGUCUCUCGUCAACCUCUCCCAUGUCUGUUCGCACCUGAACAAUGCCUCCAAGGCUCGUCUUGCCCUUACGUCCAUCAAUAAUACCAAGCUACACCUGAAACUUUGCUUGGCCCUUCAAAAUGACGGCCUCAUCUCCUCCGUCGUCCGCGGCAGUCGGGCUCCUCCCCCCCUGCACCCCAUUCUCGGCACCCCGAGCGCAGUCGACGAAAGCGAAGGCGUCGAACCCGUGACUCAGAGUAACGUCGCCUCACGACGACUCUGGCUCGGCCUGAAAUACUGGCAGAGCGAGCCUGUUCUCGGCAAGCUGACGAUGGUCAGCAAGCCUACGAAACGGGUGAACAUCGACUUGGCGGGCCUUCGUCGUGUGAUCCGUGGCGAGCGGAGUAACUCCGUCGAGGGUCUUCGGUCGCCUGGCGAGGCCUUGUACAUUUCCACAGAUAAGGGUAUCAUGGAAGCGAGGGAAUGUGUUGAGAAGAAGGUUGGUGGCCUGGUCCUUUGCCGGGUUCGCUAAGGGUCUCACCAAGGAGACGGUUGUUUUAUCUGAGGUUUUGCAUUUAUAGCGGAGUUUGGUCAGUCACUGUGUCUUAUCCCAUGCUUUGUGUGUUUAUGUUGCGACUUUGGGAUGGAGACCUUGUAUAGUAACAUAAGUGACUUCAUGUACUAUUUACCAUUUUUGAAGGACCCGGUUGUUUCUCAACUAUUCAUUGAG